CGUAUUAACAAUGAAGGGGAUUCUGGCUGUAAAGAAUUCCUUGUAUGACGCUUUCCCUGUUUUAGUUUGCCAGAUCGUAUCAUUGAUCCACUCUACUCCGUACUUAGUAAGGUAUGUAUCUAGCAGGUAUCUUCAUUGUGAAAUAUUUCGAGCUUCCAAGAAAAAUUUCAUUCACCUUCUGAAGUCCUUGGUCUGUCUCAAGUUUUAUAAAGGCCACCUUUCUUCACUCCAUAUAUCCAUCAAACAGGCGAGACUUGGAGUUUAGACACUAUCAUGAGUUGAAAUCAACCAAGGUAAGGAGAGCCCCUGAGCC